GCACUAACAUCAUUUCGAUAUUUGAGUAUUCCUUAAUUUUGGACUCUGCCAGAUAUUGAAUUACUCGCAGAAAGUGUACUUAGUUUGCAAAUGCAAUUGCAAUAAGCCUGGCGAAAAGAUGAUUUUGGUGUUGGAUCCUUAGGAAAGUUCAGUGUCAGACAGUUCACCAUCUGCUGGGAACAAAUUAGACGUGAGGUAGAGGUUAUGUUUGUUAAGGCCGGGGUGACAUGAAGUAAAUAUAGAACCGAAAUAGACAUAAGAAUGUCUUCAACACCGAGGAAAGGAAGUGCAUGGGUGACCUGUGCGAAUUGCAGUGCCAUAAUCACUCAAAAAGACACGGCGAUUCAUGAACGAAAUUGUCCACCAUCUAAUGGAUGCUCUACUCACAAUUACAUUUUGAGUGGCACAUUGUACAGUACUCUGGACAUUUACACUUCACCAGAACCGCCGAAAAAUAUAUCUGACCAAGAUACCCACGACAUGGUAUUUAUGUCCCAAUCAGCCCUCGAAUUAUGUCAUAUAGCGAUUGGAGAUAGAGUUGUUUUGACAUCUGAAACUGGAGUAACUGUCAAGAAAGCCUGGCCAAUAUAUGACAAGUCCCUUACAACUGUUAGUCUUACUAGAACUAGUUCAGAAAUUUCGGGAAUUAAAGGACGAGUGAGAGUAAAAAAAAUUAAUUCAACUCCACCCUCAGCAAAAGAAGUACUUAUCCAGUCGAUUGGAAAAGUAUCGAAAGUAAAAAUUACCACCGAUCUACAAAUUCUAAUAAAAAAUUUUAAUGAGAGAAAGCUCUUCUGUGUUGGUAGUAGAAUAGGUCUUCCAUAUUAUGGCAAAACUUUGGUAUUUAAGGUCAUAAAAAUAAGUGGCAAUGAAGGAAUUAUUAAAACCAUUGAAGAGGGAUUCGAGAAAAUGAGGAUUAGCGAAAAAGCUCCCCUCUUUUUCGAAGCUCUGUACAACACCAAAUGGUCUCUGAUCGACGACGAGCCUUCGAUCGUAAAUCAAAAAAUAGGAACAGAAAUAGGAUUAAAAGAUAUUGGAGGGUAUGAAAAACUUAUUGAAGAACUAAAGGACAUGCUGGACAUAAUUUUUGAAAAAUCUAAACCUAUCAAAGGUUUGAAAAUCAACAAAGGAAUACUUUUGUAUGGAACUGAAGGCGUUGGAAAAACUGCAAUUACUUCCGCACUUUUAUCUCAUUAUGAUAUCAACGUUUUUCCCCUAAACUCCAGCGACAUUGUGACUCAGUCCGGAGGUAAACUUGAUACCUACAUAAGUGAAAUAUUUUCAAAAGCAAAAACUCAGGCUCCAAGUGUGAUUUUGAUUGAAGAUCUCGACACGCUAUGUCCUAAGAAAAUGGGAGGUCUAUCAGAGAAUGAAAAGCGUAUUUCGGGGAUUUUAAUCAAAGAAUUUAAUGAGUUACAGAAGAGUGAUGUGGCUACUUUUGUGUGGAGCACGACUUCAAAGAUUGAUUCGAUCAAUUCAUCUUUGAGAAGACCUGGUAGAAUAGAUAGGGAGUUUGAAGUGCCUGCACCAACUCCUCGGAUGCGAAAGGAUAUAAUUUACAAAUUACUGAUGAAAUUCCCACAUUCGCUGAUGGAAAAGGAUAUUGAUCAGAUUGCUUUUGUGACUCAUGGCUUUGUUGGUGCUGAUUUAGAUUGUUUAUGCUGCAGAGCAGCCAUGAACGCUACAAAACGUCAUAGAAAUUUCUGUGAUCGCGAAGACGAUGUUCAAGUAACAGUAGAGGACUUUAAUUACGCUUUGACUCAAGUAAAACCUUCAGCAAUGAAAGAAGUACUGGUGGAGAUAUCAAAUGUCAAGUGGUCGGACAUUGGGGGGCAGAAGGACUUGAAGUUGAAGCUUCAACAAGCAGUGGAAUGGCCUUUAAAGCAUCCAGAAGCUUUCGAAAGACUGGGAAUAACGCCUCCAAGAGGAUUGUUGAUGUUUGGACCUCCGGGGUGCUCGAAAACAAUGGUUGCUAGAGCCCUUGCGACAGAGAGUAAAUUGAAUUUUAUUAAUAUCAAAGGACCUGAGUUAUUUUCGAAAUGGGUAGGAGAGUCAGAAAGGGCUGUCAGAGAAGUAUUUAGGAAAGCGAGACAAGUCGCUCCUUCUAUUGUUUUCAUUGAUGAAAUUGAUGCCCUCGGAAAUGAAAGAAGUAGCGGGGCAAGCAGUCCUGGAAAUCAGGUACAAGAACGGGUAUUGGCGCAGCUACUAACUGAACUGGAUGGUGUUACUGCUCUCGGAAAUGUUACACUUGUUGCUGCUACCAAUCGACCUGACAGAAUUGAUAAAGCACUCCUCAGACCUGGACGUCUCGACAGAAUGGUAUACGUACCCUUGCCAGAUUACGAAACUCGGUUAGAGAUAUUUAAAAUAAAAUGUCGCCAAAUGCCGAUUGAUGAGGAUGUAAAUAUCCCAGAUUUGGUUGAUCUCACUGAAGGAUACUCGGGUGCUGAAGUUCAGGCAAUUUGCCAUGAGGCUGCCUUCAAAGCACUUGAAGAUGAUCUGAACGCCUCCUCGCUUUCAAAAGAGCAUUUCAAAGCCGCAUUAGCCAGUGUUAAACCUAGAACACCUCGAGCACUCGUGGAGAUGUAUGAGGAAUACGUAAAUAGAAUUGAAAAUUAGCAAAACAUCGUAUAACAUGGAUUUUUGUUUAUUUUUCCAAGGAGAUUAUAUUACACUGAAAGAUUCAACAUGUACACGAAAAACACACUCCUUUAGCUCAUAAUACUUUUAUUUUAUUUCUUUGACUAUCUUCUAAAUUUCUAUAGCGCAUUACUUUAAAUGAUCUUUUGAAUUCACGAUUAAAUCUUCGAUCAAUUUUUCAAUAUUCUAAUAUCGCUAAUUGUGUGUAAAAAAGAAACUUAUUGAAUUCCCAUUACUCCAAUUACACAUUCUUCCAAGUCGGUAUUAUACUUGAAUAACAAACAGGAAUUCUAACAGUAACCGUAACCAACUGAUGAAUUUAUUUUUAUUCCAUGAAUAAUUAAAAUAGUAUAAUUAGAGAUAUAAACAAAAAUUAAAUAUGAUUGAAGCUAAUUCAUGAAUAUAUAUAUAUAUAUACAAGGAAGUUCGUUAUUCAAACUAAACACACCAUGAUAAUCAUCACCAUCAAUUAUUUACAAACAUGAUAAAAAAAAUAAAAUAUUUUUACAAGGAAGAGAAAAAUGCAAAAAUGUUUUAGAGAAACUGAUAUUUUGGUCAUGAGAACACCACAUUUUUCAUUAAAAUAUCAUUUACUGGUGGUCUUUGUAUUCACGAGUCCCCUCGAGCCCCCUUGAGCCCCCUCUCUCCUCUUCCCCCAAAAGAAACAAAAAAAUCCAUCAAAGGAAAGAUUUAAAAGGGCCCAUUUUUCCACUCACGCUGUCACCGAACACAUGUUGAUCACACGUUAAAUAAAGAACAAAUAUCGUAAUCAUAACCAAUGUAUAGAUUCAAGAUCAUAUACAUCAUCAACACAUUCAAAUUAGUGGAAACCAAUUAUAGAAGUCAAAUGGCUAAUUAUAGAACAUCUAAGUAAGUAAAAUUUACUCGGAUCUCAGGAAUAAUUAUCGGUUAAUACCCUAGAUUUUGGUGAAUGUCGACAGUCAAAUAGUAACAACUUUUUAAAGCCAGGUCGUCUUUCAAGAAUUUUUUUUACUAAUUGUUCCUCAAAAUUCUGAUGCUCGGUUUUUUAAGAACUAAUGAUCCGAAUAAAAAAUAUGGCUAUAUACGUUUAAACAUAUGCUUAAAAAA